GAAGAAGAAAAAGAAGACAAUUCAGUCCUGGGAGGGAGGUGUGGCAAAGUUGAGGCCGGGCCAUUACUGCGGUCCUUGGGCCGCGUCAUGGAGGGGCUGGGGUAACCCCCACGGGCGCGGAUUUGCCUUAGUGUCUCUCUUGGGAGGAGCGAUUCAUUCUGGAAGCAACUGAGCAGAGCCACAGGGAGGGGGAGCUCUCGCCCAGGCGGAGACAGCAAUUCGUGCGGCGAAGAGUGGGGAAGGGAGGGGAACGCAGCGAGCCAUUCCCAGCGCGAGCGCGCGGCGAGCUCCCACCCGGGCGACUGCAGAGCCCGAGGCGCAACUGGUGCGAGGGCUCGGUCCUCGCCUGGCAGUCCGCUCCGGCUCGCGCCCGCCGGGUGGCUUGGCAAGGCGGGGGCCUGUUUGCAGAAAGCCGGACAUUUGCAUGAAGCCACCCGACCCCACGGAGCAGUGGCAGCGGCGGCGGCAGCGGCGGACCCCGGAGGCGGCGCGCGGUCCGAGCCAGGCGGCCCCGGUCUCCGGGCCCCGGUGGAUGCGCGGCCGGGGAGCGGCCCAUGGGCCGGAGCUGAGACUGCCCGGGGCGUCUGGGCGCGGGGCGGGGUGCGCGGUCGAGGCCCAGAGGCGGCGGCGAAGGAGGAAGCGGAGGAGGGCGGGCGCACCGAGCCCGGGAGAGGGACAGCGCCGCGCCGCCGCCGCAGCCCCGGGCUCGCCAUGCUCCUGGCCUCGGCGGUGGUGGUCUGGGAAUGGCUGAACGAGCACGGCCGCUGGCGUCCCUACAGCCCUGCCGUGAGCCACCACAUCGAGGCGGUGGUCCGCGCCGGCCCCCGCGCCGGGGGCAGCGUGGUGCUGGGCCAGGUGGACAGCCGGCUCGCGCCCUACAUCAUCGACCUGCAGUCCAUGAACCAGUUCCGCCAGGACACGGGGACCCUCCGCCCAGUUCGCCGCAACUACUACGACCCAUCCUCGGCCCCCGGGAAGGGCGUGGUAUGGGAGUGGGAGAACGACAACGGUUCCUGGACGCCCUACGACAUGGAAGUGGGCAUCACCAUCCAACAGGCCUACGAGAGGCAGCACCCCUGGAUCGACCUCACUUCCAUCGGCUUUAGCUACGUCAUUGACUUCAGCACCAUGGGCCAGAUCAACCGGCAGACCCAUCGCCAGCGCCGCGUCCGCCGGCGUCUGGACCUCAUCUACCCCAUGGUCACCGGCACCUUGCCCAAGGCCCAGUCCUGGCCGGCCAGCCCGGGAUCAGCCGGAUCCGCGGGAUCAGCUGCCUCACCACCUGGCCCGCCCUGCUCUUGCCCGCAGUGCGUCCUGGUGAUGAGCGUCAAGGCAGCCGGGCCCCCGCAGCCUCCAGCAGCCCGCAAGAACGUGCCCCCAUCCGGAGCGGUCAAGCUGCCCCCACCACCACCAGGACCUGGGGCCAAGCUCCUGGACAGCACGGGCACCAUCCGAGGCCCCGUGAAGAUGGCCCCAUCCCAGCCAAUCCAGCGACAGGCUGCCAGCACUCCGGCAGGGGCGGCUGUGGGCUCUCCUGCCAGCCCCCCGGGGACCAACGGCAAGACAGGAAGGGUGGCCCUGGCGACCUUGAAUAGGACCAACCUGCAGCGGCUGGCAAUGGCACAGUCCCGGGUGCUGAUCGCCUCUGGGGUCCCCACCGUCCCAGUGAAGAACCUAAAUGGGUCCAGUCCUGUCAAUCCUGCCUUGGCAGGCAUCACUGGGAUCCUCAUGAGUGCAGCGGGGCUGCCUGUGUGUCUCACCAGGCCACCAAAGCUGGUCCUCCACCCACCCCCCGUCAGCAAGAGCGAAAUAAAAUCCAUCCCAGGGGUUUCCAAUACAAGCCGCAAGACCACCAAAAAACAAGCCAAGAAAGGUAAAACCCCAGAAGAAGUGCUGAAGAAGUAUCUGCAGAAGGUCCGGCACCCGCCAGAUGAGGACUGCACCAUCUGUAUGGAGCGCCUCACAGCCCCCUCAGGCUACAAGGGCCCGCAGCCAACGGUCAAGCCUGACCUGGUGGGAAAGCUGUCCAGAUGCGGCCACAUCUACCACAUCUACUGCCUGGUUGCCAUGUACAACAAUGGCAACAAGGAUGGCAGUUUGCAGUGUCCAACCUGUAAGACCAUCUAUGGGGUGAAAACAGGCACCCAGCCUCCAGGGAAGAUGGAGUACCACCUCAUCCCCCACUCGUUGCCUGGCCACCCAGACUGCAAAACCAUCCGGAUCAUCUACAGCAUCCCCCCUGGCAUUCAGGGACCAGAACACCCAAAUCCUGGGAAGAGCUUCAGUGCCCGUGGUUUCCCGAGACACUGUUACCUUCCAGACAGUGAGAAAGGGAGAAAAGUUCUGAAGUUGCUGCUGGUGGCCUGGGAUCGCCGCCUCAUUUUUGCCAUUGGUACCUCCAGCACGACGGGCGAGUCAGACACCGUCAUCUGGAAUGAGGUUCACCACAAGACAGAGUUUGGCUCAAAUCUCACUGGCCAUGGCUACCCAGAUGCCAAUUACCUGGAUAAUGUGCUGGCUGAACUGGCUGCCCAGGGCAUUUCUGAGGACAGCACUGCCCAGGAGAAGGACUGAACAGGAAGGGCUUUGGGGGAGAGGGACUGUGGGGACCACAGGGUAGGAAGUGGGGAGAGUCAAGGUAGAAGUUGGUGCAGUGCCCUCCCGACUCCCUCAUCUCCCCUCCUGUCCUGUCUCCAUUCCCCAUCUCUCCCAGCCACAGGGGGGAGCCAGAUUGAGUAAGGGAAUGUUAUUCAUAAACCUCAUCCAUUACAAAAGGGACAUGAGAUGAGGGCCAUCCCCAGUCUGUUCCCAUGGGGUUUUCAGUGCUGGGUAGUCAAGAACACUGUCCCUCACCCCCUAAGUGGGGGCAUGGUCAGCACACUUAAGGUGUGGACAGUGCAUGGGCACUCCAUAUCCUGGCCUCGUGAAGCCUGAGGGUCAUGGCCUCAGCUGGCUUCUUGCUGCUUCCACUUCCAAAAGUGGAGUUUCCGCUUUUCUCUCCUCUGCUGGAGGCGAGGAGCUCUCACUGUGCAAGUUUGGGGGGCAAAGAGGUGAACCGCUAAAAUGCUGUGACAUCAGAAAUCAAUGCCUCGGUGUAGAGUGAGGAAGCGCUUCUUGCCAAGAGGGUCAGGGAGGCAAAGGCCUCUGAGAGCACACUCACUUCUCAUAAGAGUCCUUGGCUUCUCUGGGCCCUCCUUCCUCCUCACACCAUUGACCGGUCCAAAGAGGCAUCUGCUUCUCUCAUGCAGAUGGAUGGGCUCUGGGAUUCCUCUCUGGGUGGCAUCCCAAGGUGUUUCCAGUCACUCAUUGAUCAGACCAGAGCCUGCAUCCCAUUUAGCAUCUGAACUGUCCUCAGGGAGAGGAGUCCAUAGUCUUCUUCCAAACUCAUCCGAGAUCAGCUCAAAGAUUCCAUGAGUUUCAUCAAGUCACUGUGAGUAGAGCCUGUGCUGGGCUCUCUGCCAUCUGUGUAUGUGCAUAUGUGUGUGUGUGUGUGUGUGUGUGUGUGUGUGUGUGUGUGUACGUGCACAUGUAUACCACUGGGCCAGGUUGGUGGAGAGUCCCAUCAUGUUCUCACAGUCUGUUUUGCAAGAUGUCAAACCCCAAUUCUGAUGGGGAUCAGACAGCCCAGCCGUGACCCCUCGACUUCUCUCACCCUUUGCCAACCCAUCACAUAGUAAACUUGGGUUCUGAUCAAGUCAGAACUGUGUUUGGGGAGAUAUGCAAGGUGAGGGCUGGACUGACCCCUUUUUCAAUCUCUUUCAAGAUUGGAUCUGAGCCAAUAUCCAUCCAGCCUUGUUUCUCUGAGGGCUUCAAUAUGUAUCCAUGCAAAUUUGUUCAUUAGAGCCCAGGGGUGGUGCUGGGCCUCCCAUUUCCCUUGUCCAUUGCAGAUUGACCUAGAACAUGGAGAGAGCCUCUUUAGCUCAUUCGUAACAGGCUUAGCACCAUCUUAUGGUCUAGUCCAACCUGUGUAUGGGUUGUGUCCCAAGACCCUAUCUAUCUCUUCCCCAAUAUUCCUCUUGCCUUUGGCUUGCUCCCAUUAUUAAAUGAAUUGGGGGUCAGUGAGGAGAGAAGGGGGAUCAAGCAGGGAAACCCAAUUUCCCCUUUGAAAGUGGGUUCUUUGAACUAUAUGUUUGGGGAAAUUCCUCUGGAUACUAAUUUGAAUUUAUAUACCUCAUGUUUUGGGGGUUUGACGUAUAUAUAUAUAUACAUAUAUAUUUCAUAAUAUUUGGGAGGUUUUUGAUGCUAGAAAAUUUGAAACAAAUGAACCUUCAAAAAAUGGUACUUAAAUUAGAACCAGAAACCAAGCUUUUCAGAGCUGCUGCUCUUAGGCCUGCAGCUGUGACCAGUGGAUUUACCUAAGUAUCACCCAGUUCCCCGGGGACGCUGGUGCUGAGCCUUUCCUCAUUUUCCCACUGGCUGUCUGGACAGUCAUAGGCUGUAGCAGGGGGAGUUCUGAUGGGGAGAAUUGUGUCUGCCAUCUUGGUUCUGGUCUCUCUCAUAAGUCAGCAGUCAUUUAUCUCACCAGCAAACUGGGUGGUUGGUCCUGAGUUCACUGCACCAGAGUCAUUUCCUGCCGCUGUUGGGAAGGAAACACCCAAACUCAAGAGACACCCCUGCAGUGUUGAAUGUCACCCCCAUGCCCUCGCCAGGCUCCCAUAUAGGAGAGGUCAUUAGAGAGCUUUACAAUGGGCCACUGCCAUCUCCGCCUCCACCCUUGUCACCCACAGUGAUGAGGAAUCAGAUGGAGGGUCAGUGGAUAGGAGCCCAGUUGUGUAGUAGAAGGGGAAGAAAGAAGACAUGCCUUGACAACUGGCAAUGGGCAAUGGGGAGAAACUGAUUUUCUGCAUCAGGCAAAAGGAAGUGUGGGUGGGAAAGGGGACCCAGAGAGUAUACAACGCAGGAUAUAUGCCAGGGGAAAUGCCACUUUGAGAGUAAGUCUUCAGACCUUCAAGCCCUUCCCCUGGGGCGUUGAUUAUCUGUUCCCCAUUUCUCUUCCUCUCUGAGGAUGCUCAGUUGGGGCUACCUCAUCCUCAUCUUCUUGUGGGACAUUCUGGGCAGAGGGAAUCUUGCAUUUCCUUUCUAACACUGUGCCAGGCAAGGUGGGAAGCAUUCCUUUGCCCUUUCUCUGGAGCCGGCUUGAAAAGGUACAGUCUCGGGUUCAGUGAGGACCCUGCCAGCAGAGGCCCUGGGCAUCCAGCACUUUGAACAGGUAUGUCCCCACCAGAAGGCCUGCUGAACUCCCUGGCCCACGCAGGGAUGUCCAUGCCUUUCCUUUCAUCGUCUUAGCACCAGCAGCCCAGUUCCUCCCUCCCUGAGUCUCCAGGGAUGACAAACCCUGUCAGAUGCUCAUCCCAUAAAGAUUAAUUGUGCAUAUGUGGUUGUGUGUGCCUUUAUGUUUUCAUCCCUUUCCUCUGUGAUUUUAGACUUGGUCAAAAGUACUCGUCCUGGUAUUGCACUGUUGUGUGCAUGAGAAGACUGGGGGAAGGCCCCAUGUGGUACAAGAAAGGGUCCUGUGCCCUUUCUUUGCCUGUGGUCACUGGCAUUGAGUGGGGGUGGGUUUCUGGGAGAGGGCAGGUGACUGUCCUAAUGUAAAUCAUUGUGACUGCUGUGUUUUGAAGUUGUUGGUGUUGCUCUGUGAGAGGACAUCGCCACCUGGUGCUCAUGAGCUGUACAUGCAGAACAAUAAAUGGCAAACAACCACAAAUUGUUGUCAACCUUCUUCUUUCUAUAGAUCAGGUGCCUGUCCGUGAGGCAUUUGGGGUAACUCCCUGAGCCUGUAAAUAAACAAAGCCCUCCUACUGGGUGGAGUAGGGGGAGUCCCUUUUCUCUAUUUUUUGCACAUAUUUCCAACCACACA